AUGUUGUCCAGAAACGUUAGAAGUUCAUUAAAGCGUAUCUCCGCUGCCGUUCCUAAGGGAUCCGGCUUGAGAGUCAGUGGUUCCAUGGCCAGAUCCGUCCGUGGAUUCCUGAGUGUCAAUGCUGCCCCAACCAUGCCAUUAAGAGGUGUUCAAGGCAUUCAAUUCCGUCGUUUCGCCUCCCACACAGUCAAGGUUCCUGAGAUGGCUGAAUCCAUCACCGAAGGUACUUUGUCUGCUUACACUAAGAAUGUUGGUGACUACGUGAAUUUAGACGAGACUAUCGCCACCAUUGAAACUGAUAAGAUUGAUGUUGAAGUUAAUGCAUCCGUCGCCGGUACUAUCACUGAACUUUUAGUUGAAGUUGAAGAAACCGUUGAAGUUGGCCAAGACUUAGUUAAGAUCGAAGAAGGUGAGGCUCCGGCUGCUUCCGAAGCUCCAAAGGAGGAAUCUAAGGAAGCUGCUCCAAAGGAAGAAUCCAAGAAGGAAGAACCAAAGAAGGAAGCUCCAAAGAAGGAAGAACCAAAGAAGGAAACCCCAAAGAAAGAAGCUCCAAAGGAAUCCAAGAAGGACUCCAAGAGUGAGGCCUCAACCUUCACUCAUUUCUCCAGAAACGAAGAAAGAGUUAAGAUGAACAGAAUGAGAUUGAGAAUCGCUGAGCGUCUUAAGGAAUCCCAGAACACUGCUGCCUCUUUGACCACCUUCAACGAAGUAGACAUGAGUAACUUGAUGGAAAUGAGAAAGUUGUACAAGGAUGAAUUAUUGGACAAAACCGGUAUUAAAUUAGGUUUCAUGGGUGCCUUUGCUAAGGCCUCCACCUUGGCUGCUAAAGAAAUUCCAGCUGUCAAUGCAUCUAUCGAAAACAACGACACCUUAGUUUUCAGAGACUACACCGACAUUUCUAUUGCUGUCGCUACUCCAAAGGGUUUGGUCACUCCAAUUGUGAGAAACGCUGAAUCCUUGUCCAUCUUGGACAUCGAGAAGGAAAUUUCCAACUUGGGUAAGAAGGCCAGAGAUGGUAAGUUGACUUUGGAAGAUAUGACCGGUGGUACCUUCACCAUUUCUAACGGUGGUGUUUUCGGUUCCUUGUACGGAACUCCAAUCAUCAACAUGCCUCAAACCGCUGUCUUGGGUUUGCACGGUGUUAAGGAAAGACCUGUGACUGUCAACGGUCAAGUUGUUUCCAGACCAAUGAUGUACUUGGCCUUGACUUACGAUCACAGAGUUUUGGACGGUAGAGAAGCCGUUACAUUCUUGAAGACUGUUAAGGAAUUGAUCGAAGACCCAAGAAAGAUGUUGUUAUUGCAAUAA